AGAAUCAUUUCAUCUAACUUCACAAUCUUUCUUUUCACUUCGUUGUGCGUUGCUUUGAACAGAGAGUGAGGUUUUUGAUAUCAGCAAUGGCGGCGAGGAGAACCGGUUUACCUCUGAUGAAAUACCUAAGAGUGCAGGUUGAUGCUCUUCCGCUCAACCACCAAUCUCCGUUGCGUCUUCUUCCCAAUUUCUUCCUCCGUCACUUUAGCGAAGAGGUUAGGGGUUCUUUCCUCGACAAAUCUGAGGUCACAGAUCGCGUUGUUUCGUGCGUCAAAAACUUCCAGAAAGUAGAUCCUUCUAAGGUUACUCCAUCUGCUCAUUUCCAGAACGACCUUGGAUUGGAUAGUUUAGAUGCUGUUGAGAUUGUGAUGGCUCUUGAGGAAGAGUUUGGAUUUGAGAUUCCUGAUAAUGAAGCAGACAAGAUUAACUCCAUUAAUCUUGCAAUUGACUUCAUUGCAUCUCAUCCUCAGGCCAAGUAGUGGAACUCAUGAGGCUAGCUCUAAAACUUUCUUUUCUUUAUCAUAAAUUAGGGUAGAAUCAAUCAACUUUAAGACAUUUUUUGCCUCACUUGUUUGCUUCUAAAAUCAAACUUUAUUUCCUCGCCCUUUAAAUCCCAGAAGUGUGUUUGGCUGGGAAUGUCCUAGCUUGAGUGGUAUUUUACUUUUGGUAAUAUUGGCAUCACAAACAUCGCAUUUUAAGCUCCCAUUUUUCAUGUCAAUAAAAAUUGUUAGAUUUAUGAUUAUGAAAUCUUGAGAUCUUAUUAUUAUCCUCACUUCUCAUUGUAUGAUUAUGAAUUUUCUUGAAUGGAUGUUAACUUAAUGAUGA